ACCAGGAGCAGCGGCAGGAGCGCUGAUGUUCUCCGGCUGAUUCUCGCCUGCUGGGGCCGUGGCCAUCUCGGUGUCCUGGGUAUCUCCAGUGGAGGUAUGUUGUUGUUGCUGCCGCUGCCGGGCUCGAUAGGCUUGCAGCCGAGCACGCGAACGUCUCUGCUGGUGAUUGAGCUGCCUUUCGCCUCCCUCGUUCCGGGUUCCAGCCGAGGAGUUAUUGUUUCCAUCGGCGGCCGCGGGCAGAGGGCGGAUGCUAGAGCCACCAGGUGUGGGCGUAUUCGCACCACCAGGGGCCCCACCACGACGACGACGGCGACGGGAAGGAGCCGAAGCACCAGAGAGGUCGACAGGGGGGUUAGAGGCAGGACGGACUGAGGCGAUAGCAGCCGUCACGAUGCUAUCCUGUGUUCAGUGUUAGCUUUGUUCAGAUGAUAAAUCCUAUUUUAUGUUCUUUCUUACCUGCUCUUCCAGGUACUGCCCACGGAGAGUCCACAGUUGCCGACCGAGUUCGGUCAUGGGGCAUCUCUUUCCUGGAUGUUGGGUACCACAUCCAUUUCUGCAGACCCAAAGCUUCGUUUUGACCGUCUUGUAAUAGUCAGCAGAUUCCAUUCGAAUAGCUUCAUCUUCUGGGACAUACUACGCGGUCAGUCGGGGGCUUCCUGCCAUCU